GUAAACCAUUCAUUCGUUGGUUGGCUGGUUGGUGAGCGUUACUCGGUUCAGUCGGGGUUAAUAAUAGCUUGGUGAGCGGGGGUUUCGGAGGAUAGUAAAGGCUGGGAGUGGUGGUUGUUUGGGCAGCAGUUGUGCGGUGGUCGAGGAGUUGGCGUCUGGGGAAGCAGAGUAGGACUGAGAAAGUUCAGGGGUUUGAGAUCGGUGAUUUUGAUGUGACUUUAUUUUGGAGAGAACAGGUUUUCUAUAUAUUGUGUGAGAGUCGCUAUCCUAUCACAACCUUUGGACAGGACUGAUUCAUUUCAUCGUUUUUCUAGAUUUUUCUUAGACUCCCUUCUUAGUGAAGGAAGAAGAUGCUAUGGGAUUUGGAAGUAACUUUAGUUAUUUGCAGCGCUCUAUAAUUACAAACAUGCAAAUUUUCGUGAAGACAUUAACUGGGAAGACGAUUACUCUUGAAGUGGAGGCUUCAGACACGAUUGAAAAUGUCAAAGCAAAAAUACAAGAUAAGGAAGGUAUCCCGCCAGACCAACAACGCCUGAUUUUUGCUGGUAAGCAGUUGGAAGAUGGACGUACUUUGUCGGACUACAAUAUCCAGAAGGAAUCUACGUUGCAUCUAGUUCUUCGGCUGAGGGGUGGCAUGCAGAUUUUCGUUAAAACUCUUACUGGUAAAACUAUUACACUGGAGGUGGAAGCAUCUGACACGAUCGAGAAUGUUAAGGCGAAAAUCCAGGAUAAAGAGGGGAUCCCACCAGAUCAACAGCGACUAAUCUUUGCCGGAAAACAGUUAGAAGACGGUCGUACCUUAUCCGACUAUAAUAUUCAGAAGGAGUCUACGCUCCAUCUGGUACUUCGGCUUCGUGGCGGUAUGCAAAUUUUUGUGAAGACGUUAACGGGCAAAACAAUCACCUUAGAAGUGGAGGCUUCUGACACAAUCGAAAAUGUAAAGGCCAAGAUUCAGGAUAAAGAAGGAAUUCCGCCUGAUCAGCAGCGUCUUAUUUUCGCUGGUAAACAGUUAGAAGAUGGGCGAACAUUGUCUGAUUAUAACAUCCAAAAGGAGUCGACAUUACAUUUGGUCCUCCGUCUUCGUGGUGGCAUGCAGAUUUUUGUUAAAACACUUACUGGCAAAACUAUAACACUGGAGGUGGAGGCGUCGGAUACGAUCGAAAAUGUAAAGGCCAAAAUCCAGGAUAAAGAAGGUAUCCCUCCUGACCAGCAGCGACUCAUUUUCGCAGGAAAACAACUGGAAGAUGGUCGCACACUUUCGGACUAUAACAUCCAGAAAGAAUCUACUUUGCAUCUGGUGCUCAGAUUACGCGGAGGAAUGCAAAUUUUCGUAAAAACUUUGACGGGUAAGACCAUAACUUUGGAAGUAGAGGCUUCGGAUACUAUCGAGAAUGUCAAAGCAAAAAUCCAAGACAAGGAAGGCAUUCCACCGGAUCAGCAGAGACUGAUCUUUGCUGGAAAGCAGCUGGAGGACGGUCGUACCUUAUCGGAUUACAACAUUCAGAAGGAGUCGACGCUGCAUCUGGUUCUUCGUCUUCGUGGUGGUUACUGAUCUAUUUUCUGCUUGCUGUAAAUUUUUUGGAAGUGAUGCAUUAAAUUUGCUUUAUUGGCCUUGAGGUUGAAAUUGCA